UCCGCGCUUUCUCCCGCGGCUGUCCCAGAGCCUCCAGCCCCGAGGCCGCGCCGGAGAGAACCCGGCGAGCUCGGGGCUCUGCUGGCCUGGAGCCGUCCCUGGGGGCAGGGACGUCUUGGAGACGUUGGCUUGGAAGGCUCCGUCAAGUGGAGAGAGCGCGAGGCAGUGGCCACCUCUGCAGAGACCCAUGAACACAGUAGUUAUGAAGGCCAGGCUGGUGGCCCUGGAGAUGAAGGUCUGGAGCUGGGACCUAUGGACACAGAUGUCUGUGUGCAUCUGAAGCACACUGCACUGUGGCCACGGGUGCCCUGCCCCAAGAACAUGACAACAGCUCAGAAUGGCCAUGGGCCAGGUGUUGCAGCCACCUGUUCAGCCUCAGAUCCAAAGGACCCCAGAAUGGUGACUGUCCCGGCAUGUCAGAAUGGAAGCUGCAGGARCAGCCCCAGCAGUGACACUGAAGCCCCCGAAGCCAGAGUCAGCCCUUCCAAAUUCAUGCGUCUUUUCGCUGUGAGCCGGAAAAGAAUGAGUGCCAAUCCUGAGAGGCCCCGUUCCCUGGUCCUGAUGGGGAAUUCUUCAACAUGGAAUGCACUGGCCUCCUUCCGGAAAAUGGGAUCUUUUAAAAAACUGAAGUCCUCUGUCUUUCAAGGAAUUCAGAACCGGGAGGGCUUAGGUGCCUCAAAGGAAGAUGCAUCGGAACAUGACCUGGGAAAAGCAAUCCCUAAUGGUGCCAUUGUGGGAAUUGAUGCUAGCAGAUGUUCCUUGUGGGGGCAGUCAUGUGACCCCCACAGGGCAGGGGAAGGAGGUACAUCCGAUGGCUCUGACCCCGAGGACAUAGACGAUGCCUUCCAGAGGAGCACCCACCGCUCCCGCAGCAUCCGCAGGGCCUAUGGUCUGGGCCGCAUCAAUCUACUGGAUUCUGAGAAACAUCACAGCCCUCAGAACCAUGUUAGGCCCCUGUCCCCCAUCAUUCAGGAGCCCACCCUGUGUGAAAUCCUAGUGAAGGACUCUGAAAACAACAGCAUCAUCUACAGGAGGAGCAAGAGCACAGACAACUUAAACUUCCUGAAGAAAAGUUCCUUCAAACGAAAGUCCACCUCCAAUCUCGCAGACCUUCGAGCGGCUAAUGAAAAGCUGACACCCCAGCGGACCCUGAGCAGUUCAUCUGCAGACUCCGAAAAACUUGGUGGGUCAGAGAGAAGGAUGAAACGCUGGAAGAGCCCCAUCAGGGCCAAGGACUUUGACAGAGUCUUAAAACUUAUGAGCAAUGUGACUGAUGCUGCCUGGAAGAGAGAGGGUUCCAAGAAUGGGGCCCCCUCCCCCAGCGAGGCGAACCUCAGACUCCGGCUGCACAGCAGGCUGCACGAUGACUACUCACGCCGCGUGUCCAGCAGCACCGAGCAGGACAGGAGGCGAGGCGUGUCACCGGGGCACAGUGCUGCUGCAUCCUGCCCCACGGCUCCUGGCUUCGGCUCUACCCCUUCUCAGGAGCCCCGCCUGGACGUUGACACAGCAGUGUGCCCUCUUGAAGCCCAAAGCUCCCGGGCAUCAGAAAGUGAUGGUCCCUCUGCCAGCAGCCCCUCAAGUCCAGUUGACUCGAAAGUGUUGAGCAAAACCUCCAGUGAGCCAGAUGCAGGCAGCCAGUUUACAUUUGACCCCAGGCAGCCUCCCAUCCCUCUCAGGCCCACCUCGCCCAAGCCCCAGAGCCCUCAGAGCCCAGGGACAGGAGGCACCAAGUGUCCCAACAGUCUCAGUGCAUUGUCACUGAGUUCAGUGGAAAGUGAAGAAAGGACAGAAGAUUCCACUCAGAGAGAGCCCAGGCCUGUGUCCUUCCAGGACUCAGUGCCAACCACAUGUGGUGACGAAGGUGGCGAUGGAAGUGGUAGUGGCAGCCACCCUCAGCUGAGCCUUUGUGGGACAGCCAGUCCCAAGGAAAAUCAGGAAGAGGUUGUGACUGGUGAUCCCUGGAGGCCAGGCUCAUCCCAGGAUGAGGAGAGGACAGAGGUGCCCAGGAUCACCAGGAGGAGAUGGGGCUCCGGGAAGCGGUCCAGACCGCGGCCACUGUCUGACUAUGGCCAACUGGCCAGCCGAAGUUUGUCCAUUCCUGAAGACUCCGUUGUUGCUGUGGACCCCCAGAGCAAGGACUGUGUGGAUGGGCCCCCCCUGGAGAACACAUCCUCCACUGGUUCUGCAGACAAGAAUGUUUCAGCCAGCUGUACCAAAGGAGGUCAGAGAAGACGCCCCAUUUCUGUGAUAGGAGGGGUCACCUUCUAUGGCAACAAACAAACAGAGGAAAUCGAGAAUCUUCUAACCCAACCAACAGCCAGGCCACCCGUGCCCGCUCACCAGGUGCCACCCUACAAGGCAGUGUCUGCCAGGCUCAGGCCCUUCACAUUUUCCCAGAGCACCCCCAUUGGACUAGACCGUGUGGGACGUCGGCGGCAGAUGAGAGCAUCCAAUGUUUCUUCAGAUGGAGGUACUGAGUCCUCUGCCUUAGUCGAUGACAACGGUAGCGAGGAGGACUUCAGCUAUGAAGAACUCUGUCAGGCCAAUCCUCGGUAUCUACAGCCAGGCGGGGAACAGCUGGCCAUUAAUGAGCUGAUCAGCGAUGGCAGCGUGGUCUGCGCAGAAGCUCUCUGGGACCAUGUGACCAUGGAUGACCAGGAACUGGGCUUCAAGGCCGGGGAUGUCAUCCAGGUCCUGGAAGCCUCGAACAAAGACUGGUGGUGGGGCCGGAACGAGGAUAAGGAGGCCUGGUUCCCUGCAAGCUUUGUCAGACUUCGAGUCAAUCAGGAAGAGCUGUCUGAGAAUUCUAGCGGUACCCAUGGUGAGGAGCAGGAGGAGGAUACCAACACAAGCCACCACAAGCACUCUGAGAACAAGCACCAGAUGCGGACAAAUGUCAUCCAGGAGAUCAUGAACACUGAACGGGUGUACAUCAAACACCUCAAGGACAUCUGUGAGGGCUAUAUUCGACAGUGCCGCAAGCACACGGGAAUGUUCACUGUUGCACAGCUAGCCACUAUUUUUGGAAACAUUGAAGACAUUUACAAGUUCCAAAGAAAGUUCCUGAAAGACCUUGAGAAACAGUAUAACAAAGAGGAACCUCACUUAAGUGAAAUAGGAUCCUGCUUCCUUCAGCAUCAAGAGGGCUUUGCCAUCUAUUCAGAGUAUUGCAACAACCACCCAGGAGCCUGUGUGGAGCUCUCCAACCUCAUGAAGCAGGGCAAGUACAGGCACUUCUUCGAAGCUUGCCGCCUGCUCCAGCAGAUGAUUGACAUUGCCUUGGAUGGGUUCCUCCUCACGCCAGUGCAGAAGAUCUGCAAAUAUCCUCUGCAGCUGGCAGAGCUGCUCAAGUACACCACGCAGGAGCACAGUGAUUACAACAAUAUAAAGGCAGCCUAUGAGGCCAUGAAGAAUGUGGCCUGUUUGAUAAAUGAGCGUAAACGCAAGCUGGAGAGCGUCGACAAGAUUGCUCGCUGGCAAGUGUCCAUUGUGGGCUGGGAGGGAUUGGAUAUUCUAGACCGAAGCUCAGAAUUGAUUCAUUCAGGGGAAUUGACCAAAAUCACUAAGCAGGGCAAGAGCCAGCAGCGGACCUUCUUCCUGUUUGACCAUCAGUUGGUGUCCUGCAAGAAGGACCUGCUACGCAGGGACAUGCUGUACUACAAGGGUCGCAUGGACAUGGACGAGAUGGAGCUUGUGGAUGUGGAGGAUGGGCGGGACAAGGACUGGAACCUCAACGUGAGAAACGCCUUCAAGCUGGUCAGUAGGACCACAGACGAGGUUCACCUGUUCUGUGCCAAAAAACAGGAAGACAAGGCAAAGUGGCUGCAGGCCUGUGCGGAUGAGAGGCGUCGGGUGCAGGAGGACCAGGAGAUGGGAAUGGAAAUUUCAGAAAAUCAAAAGAAACUCGCCAUGUUAAAUGCUCAGAAGGCAGGACAAGGAAAGUCAAAAGACUAUAGCGGAUGCCCUGUUGCCCCGCCACACCAGAACCUGCAUCCCCUCCACCAGCGCCACAUCACCGUGCCUACCAGCAUCCCCCAGCAACAGGUGUUUGCCCUGGCGGAACCCAAGAGAAAGCCUUCCCUCUUCUGGCAUACCUUCCAUAAACUCGCCCCUUUCAGGAAGUGAGCAGCAGGCCCAUACUUCCCCCGAGGGACUGUGAAGAGGAGAACCAUGUUCAUUUCUUUUGUGUGAAACCCAGGGAAAGUUUCUUGGGCCCAGUGUUGAAAACUUCUUUGGGGGUUCAAGGAAGGAUUUGGACUCACCUUCACUUCAGAGAUCCUGCUGCUUUCGUGGAAAGGAGGAGAAGGUCAUGACACAUAGCUCUGCCCUGCAUGACAAGCCCCAAGGAGCACUCUGAGGUGGUGGGACUUUGGAACCAGGGUCAAGUUCUACAGGAAUGCUGCUGUGGUAGCUCCACAGCCCCACUAGAGAGGGGAACACUCCUGCGGUUCCAGAGCACCGAGAGCUGUUCAGUGCUAAGGAAAUGACUCAAUUAGAGGAUUCAGUCUGCAUUUGAUUUUGAAGGGAAUCAACGAUGGGGAGUAGCUAUAGUGCUGCCUCUCCCUACCAUGUGUCUGGUCACACUUAGAAGGUGAGCUUUUACUCCCUCUGGUAGUAUUAGGGGAUCAACAGCUGCUUGGAGAUGACCAGGGUGUUCCCUGGUGUCACCUGUGUCUACACAGUUGCCAAAUGCAGGCUUCAUCUUGCAAGGUGCCUCUUCUUUAAGCUAGUCAGGAAAAUUACAUCCAUCUCCUGGCAGCACAGCUUGAGAUGUGGGGGCACUGAGGCAUCCUCCAGGUCAUGCUACUUUCAAGGCCAGCUUGUUUGUCCUUGGCAAGUCGGAUCCUCACCUGCCUGUGUGCCUUGUGUAACGCCAUGAGCAGAAAUCACAUCUCACUUAUUCAUCCUAACCAAGAAACAGCAUUCGAACAACUGUUUGCGAUAUAAAAGCUCAUUUACUUUAAUUUUUUAAUGACAUGAGAAUGCACCAGUUGGAAAGCAUUCUUAAAAACAUCCUGCGCAUCUUCCAACAAUUGUCUCCAAUGUCUUCAUCAGUAAAAUUGCAACUCGGAAGAACCCAUGAAGAAAACACAGGGCAGAUCAAUCCUGCUUCUCUGGGGUUUAAAGCUGCCUUUGUCCUAUAAACUCAGAACGGUGGAGAUUCACUGCCUGUGAAAGACACCUUAGUAAAAUAUCUAGGCUCAAAGAUAGGAGUCUCUUUUUAAUGGAGGCCACACAGGCUGAUGCCUGCAGAUAAUAAUCUCCUUUUCUUUGCUUAUACUGAGAAGUAUGAUGAAAGUAACUUUUAAAUAGUCUGGAGAAGACAGGCUCUGCACUCUGUGCUAACUAGAGGAUAUUGUGUCACAUAGUUUGUGGAUUUCUGUUUGAGAAGCUCAUUUUUUGUAUGCUAUUCUUGCAAAGUUUCUUCCCCCACAGACCCAAGCUUGAGAAUAAACAAGUCUACAAAGUUAAAGAGGAAGAUGUUAAUUUUAAGGAUGUAGUUCCUCCCUUCUCCCCUGCCUUGCCAUAUGCAGAGUUAUUCAUGCAUCAAGAAAACAUAACUCUGGACCUCUCUGCUGGGCCCUUAGGGCAUUUUGUGACUAUUUAAAUGCCUGCUUACAUUGGCUUGCUGAGAGUUUGCCUUGCCCUGUGGUUUACAGCCUCAGGGUUGCUUCUUUCUCACCACAGGUCCCUUGACAGAAGAGGUGCUAUGGCUUCAUGCAUUGGUUGUGUGUAUAUGUGUGUGUCCAUGAAUAACUGUUUCAACCUCAGUUGCAUUUUAUAUAAAUGACAUUUUUACUAACAAAAUGUAAUGAUAUAUUUUGAAAACUACUUUUCUGCGCUAAAUAGAGUUGUUUGUAUGUACAGCAAUUUUGAACAGGUUUUUGUUGUUUUUAAUGUAAUAUAAGAGAAUUGCUUUAAGGUAGUAAAAAUAUCAUUUACUUAUGUUACAUUUUUUCAGUGAGGAUUCAUUCGAGUGAGGAGUCAGAGGGCUUCCAUUUGCUAGUAUUGACCAAUUGGCAGUGAGCAAAGGCUUUAAGGUUUUGUGAUCAGUCCUAACAUGUUUCCCAGCUGAGUCCUAACUUCCAGUUCCCAUCUACCUCCAUGGACUCCCUAACAGAGAAUCCUGAACACCAGGACAUGUUUUGAUUAAGUCAAGGUCAGUUCAAGACCUGGGAUUGUGAGAAUCAGUUUUAUAAAGCGUGAUGGUCAUUUGAUGAUGUCAUUUGAUUAUAUACCUGGCCUGGGUGGAUUCUACUUGGAUUCUGAGGUGAUUUUGAA